AUGAGCGGCCCGGCGGCUAGCAGCGAGGACCAGUCCCGCCGGGGCUGCCUGCGGGCCUACCCGGCGCUGCCGGUAUGGGUGGUGGAGGACCACCAGGACGUGCUGCCUUUCAUCUAUCGUGCCAUUGGUUCAAAGCAUCUUCCUGCCAGUAACAUCAGCUUGGUUCAUCUUGAUUCCCAUCCAGACCUUCUUAUUCCUGUGAAUAUGCCUGCAGACACUGUAUUUGACAAAGAAGCUCUUUUUAGUGAAUUAAGUAUUGAGAACUGGAUUAUGCCUGCUGUUUAUGCUGGUCACAUUUCUCAAGUAGUAUGGCUUCACCCGCCCUGGGCUCAACAGAUUUUGGAAGGGAAACACCAUUUUUUAGUUGGGAAAGACGUAUCAACAACUACAAUCAGGGUUACAGGUACAGAUCAUUACUUUCUAAGUGAUGGUCUUUAUGUCCCUGCUGAUCAGCUAGAAAACCAGAAGCCUUUAAAUUUACACGUCAUUCUCGUCAAACCUACGGAAGCAUCAAACAAUCAGGAAGAAAAUGGCGAAGUAGCAUCUGCUAAGAAACUGAAGCUAAAUACAGAUGACACAGCAAGCACCGCUUCUGCCUCUUCAUCAGUGGUUCCUGGUGACCUUGGUCACAGCACCCCAAGUCUGAAGACCAAGGAAGUACAAAAUGCAAGCACCCCAGACAAGGCAGAAACAUUGUCAGAGUGCUCAACUUCAGGCUCUCUCAGAAACAGUGGAUGCCCAAUAAGGGAAAUUGUUAAAGAUGUCUGCCAAGUGCUGCAGAAAGGGGAUGCAUAUGUUUUGGACAUUGACUUAGAUUUUUUUUCAGUCAAAAAUCCAUUCAAAGAAAUGUACACGCAGACAGAAUAUGAGCUUUUGCAAGAGUUGUACAGUUUCCAGAAGCCUCAUAGAAAUGCAGCAGAGGAGAGCUUGCUGGAUUGUGUUGAAAAUCGUGUUCAUCAGCUAGAAGAUCUGGAAGCAGCAUUUGCAGAUUUGUGUGACAGUGAUGAUGAAGAGACCCUACAGAAGUGGGCUUCAUAUCCUGGAAUGAAGUCACUUGUUCAACUAGUUCACAGUUUGAAAACCAGGAUGGAAAGCCCAGACUACGAAAUGGUCCAUCAGGCUGGUCUGACCUGUGAUUAUGUGGAACUUCCCCACCAUGUUAGCACUGAAGAGGAGAUUGAAGGCCUCAUCCAGUCCAUUAAAAUUCUACUAAAAGAUAUGCCUAAGCCCACACUUGUGACAGUUGCUCGGUCAAGUUUGGAUGACUAUUGCCCUUCUGAGCAGGUUGGCAUCAUUCAAGAGAAGAUCCUUGGUUUACUAGGUUCGGUGUAUGGUGCUCUGGAUGUGCACUUAGAUUACUCAAGCACCUCAUCUUCUUUGUGA